AUGUUGCAGGUCCACCUGGGGCUGUCAGGAGAGCAGGUGAUAGAUGUACCUGCGGAUGACAUCGCAGAGUAUGAGCUGACCGAGGGACGGCGACUGAAGUCCUACCUGCAGCGCAAGCUGUUUUUGCAAGAUGUGAGGUUGCGGCUGCUGAAGGAUGAGAGCUUUGAUUUAGACGACUAUGACAAGGUGGAGGCACCCAUGAGACUCCAUCUUAUCAAGCAGCCUCGUUUCCUGCCAGCUUCGCUUGAAGAAAGGGACAAGCUCGUGUUUGCCGCGAAGAUGGGGUUCGCCUGGCAGGUGGAAGAGAUCCUCGCUCGGCCCCAAGAUCCAAAUCUCCACAGCCAAGGGGUCACAGCUCUUGGCGUCGCAUGUCAAGAGGGGUGGCUGGACAUUGCAACUUUACUCCUGAAAGGAGGUGCCAGCAGGUACAUGCGUUCCGGGCCCAAAUGUCCUGCACAGACACCUCUUCGCUUGGCGUAUUUUUCGGGCCAUCUAAGCAUCAUGCGUCUCCUGCUCCAGGCUGGCUCAGAGGAUGAGACUUUGACGGGCGAGGAGUCAAUUCUGAUCAUGGCCGCCAAGAGGGGACAGAUGGAGAUUCUGCGCAUGUUCCUCGAGAUCGCCCGCAAGGACGAUGUCUCACCAGAGAAGCUUGCAGCUGCGGCGCGCAUGGCACGUCGCGCAGACCAUUUUGAAAUCGCAUGCCAACUGAUGGAAUCUGGUGGGGAAAAUGAGGCCGUUCUCGUGGGCAUGCCCCCAGAGAUCUCAGAUGAAAGCUAG